AUGAGUUCCAGUCGAUUUUUUGUGCUGAUGCUCGUGCUUGCGAGCCUUGCAUUCUGCUUGCCUUACCCUUCUCAUCGCGAACUUUCGUGGAAUGAUACACAGGGCGUAUUUGAUUAUGUCGUCGUUGGCUGUGGUAUCUCUGGCUUGGUCGUGGCCACCAGGCUGAGCGAAGAUCCAAACGUUUCUGUUCUCUGUAUCGAGGCUGGCUCACUGGACAAACGUGAAGCUAUGGUUGCAAUUCCCGCGUUCAUUGGUGAACAGCCGGCAGACUUUUACGCCUACAACCUCCUGACUAUCCCACAAAACCAACUCGACAACCAUACCCGCAUCCUACCUAUGGGCAGAGGUGUUGGGGGAGGAAGUCUCGUCAAUGGCAUGAUUUGGAACCGCGGCAAUCAAGAAGACUUUGAUCUUUGGGCUUCGCUGGGCAAUCAGGGAUGGGACUGGAACAGUCUGCUUCCCUACUUCAUGAAAUCCGAAUCCUACACUCCUCGUGCUUACGCCAACCUUACCCGCCAGCCUGUGACCUUCGUUCCGGCUGUACAUGGCUCCUCCGGGCCCGUACAGGUCAGCUACCCGGUCUUUUACUGGCCGCAAACAGACAAUUGGUUUGGCGCUCUCAAUGCCCUUGAUAUCCCGUCGUGCGUCGACCCCAAUGAGGGCACCUCCGCUGGCAGUUACUUCCUCCCCUCGUCCAUCGACCCAGCCAGCCAGACUCGCUCCGACGCCCGUCGUGCGUACCACGACAAGGCCGCCAACCGGUCCAACUACCACGUCCUGACGGACGCGCAGGUAGUGCGCAUCUUGUUCAGGCGUGGGGCGAUCCCACGGGCCAUUGGCGUACGGACCCUCGAUGGACGUCGGUUCGUCGCCCGUCGAGAAGUCAUUCUUGCCGCGGGGGCUAUCCACACCCCCAAAGUCCUCGAACAUUCCGGUGUCGGCGACGGGCAACUGUUGUCGGCUCUCAACAUCUCCGUUGUGGCUGAUCUCCCCGGUGUAGGUUCCAACCUACAAGACCAUGCGCUUCUCCGAGUGAAGUACCCCUAUCAGAAUACCGCAUUCCCAAACCCCCAAGGGCUCCUCACAAAUUCCACAUUCAACUCCUCUUCUGCUCAUGAAUAUUUGACCUCUCGCACUGGACCGUGGACCGCAAAGCCCAGUACAGCCAUCGCAUUCCCGUCUCUGAGUCAAAUCACGAACACCACGUACGCUCUGGGCCUCAUUCUCUCAGCCACGCAAGAUUCUCUAGGGUAUUACCCAUUGUCACACACCUCUGGCCAUGACAGCACCAGCAUACCGGUCGUCAAGGCGGGAUACCAAGCUCAGUUCCCACUCCUCCUACAGAACCUCAUGUCGGCAUCCACACCGGCGUACGAGGUCCUGAACGACAACUCGGGCGGUCUGGACAUAGCUCUCAUGCGCCCUCUGUCACGAGGCACCACGCACAUCAUCAGCCCGGACGAGACCGUCGAUCCGGCAGUGGAUCCAAACUGGCUCAGCCACCCGCUUGACUUCGAAAUCAUGGUCGCAGCGAUGAGAUUCAACCAACGCAUCCUUGACACCGACGCCAUACGAGCCCUGGAGCCGUCGUACACGCAGGUGUCCCCGAACGCGACGAGGCCGGAGCUGGAAGCGUUCAUUCGACAGGGAAUCAAUACAGAGUAUCACUACUCCGGCACGUGCGCGAUGAUGCCACGCGGACUGGGAGGAGUGGUCGAUGCGGAUCUCAGCGUGUACGGGACAGCGGGUUUGCGCAUCGUCGACACGAGUGUCUACCCUGUCGUGCCGGGCGCGCAUCUGCAGAGCGUGGCGUACGCGGUCGCAGAGCGUGCGGCAGACGUUAUCCGAGGAAGAACGGGCAUGGCUGGUCGUAGUAGUGCCGAGGCGGUCCCUGUGAGGAGAUGA